AUGGUGGCCAUGGAUGUUGUCCGCCCAACACUUAACAGCUCCGAGAAACCGAAUCACUUACAUUAUCUCCGUGACUUUCGAGUAGGAGCAUGUCCACAUUUUAAACAGCACCAGUGCCAGCAACAUCGUCCAUAUACUUGUUUUAACUGGCAUUUUGCUAAUCAGCGAAGACGUCGUCCCGUAAGACGGUCGGAUGGUACUUUCAACUAUUCGGCCGAUGUGUAUUGUGACAAAUAUGACGAAAAUACUGGUAUAUGUCCGGAUGGAGAUAGUUGUAGUUUUUUACACCGUGUAGCGGGAGAUGUAGAACGCAAAUAUCACUUACGGUAUUAUAAAACGGCUAUGUGUGUACAUCCAACAGAUGCACGUGGUAUUUGUGCGAAAAACGGUCCUCACUGCGCGUUUGCGCACAGUGUUCAGGAUCUUCGACAGGCUGUGCAUGAUUCUCAGGAAAGUCAAAAUGGCGCCUUAUUAGAUCCAGAAAAUCGCGAAAGAACUAGUUUUGUUGUGGAGGACCCGCUUUGGCAUGACCAAGUUCAUGUUUUGUCAUGCUAUAAAACUGAACAGUGCAAAAAACCAGCGCGCCUUUGCCGUCAAGGUUAUGCGUGUCCAUUUUAUCACAACUCGAAAGAUCGUCGAAGACCUCCAGCUGUGCAUAAAUAUAGAUCAACCCCGUGUCCAACAGCGAAGUCAGCAGAUGAAUGGUUAGAACCAGAACAGUGUGAAAAUGGCGACGAUUGUGGAUACUGCCAUACAAGGACCGAGCAACAGUUUCAUCCUGAAAUAUAUAAAUCAACUAAAUGUAACGAUAUGCUUGACCAUGGUUAUUGUCCUCGUGCCGUAUUUUGCGCAUUUGCGCAUCACGAUUCAGAGUUGCAUGUUCAACGCGCCCCAUAUUAUCGGCCAAGUAACAAUCCAGAUGCACCCAUGCCGCCGAAACAGAGUAGCGGUUCUACCGGUUCGGGGAACGCAGAACCGGCUGCUUCUCCUACGACUCGAUCAGAAAAUCAUAUAAUGCAAACAGCAACAUCAGCUUCAACACCAACCUAUUCAGCAGUUUUAAAACAGAAGCAAGCGCCAGGAAAGACUUUGUCAUCAGCUGGUGGCGAUGAAGGAUCACAAAGCAGUUAUCCGAAAGCUCCAGGAUUUGAACGUGUUCAAAUUUCGCCGCAGCGCAUAACCGACAGUGCCAUUGGUCGCAUACGAACUUCUUCAUUAAAUAUGGGGCAGCUAGAUUUAGGUUAUUCAGUAACAAGCGCUAACGAAGCUUUGGUAUCGUCAUUGCCCACUUUCUCAUCAUUAAAUGCAAUGACGCGGUUCACAUCAGAUGCACCAAUGCGUGUGCUACCAGCAGCGAUUGAUGAACUUUCUUUGGAUGAAUUGUCAGGCAGUGCACUGUCUCCUAUAUCCGAACAAAAGGAGCACAAGUUCUUGCCUGAUUUUUUCACUAAUCCGCCUAUGACAUCCUCUUCUUCACCAAUGCAAAUUCCCAAUUCGAGUUCUCCAUUUGGCUCUCCACCAUUAGCUUCCCUUGGCGAAUCAUUGUUUCAGCCAAAUAAACUGACUAUCGAUUUACCUUCGGCAGCUUCACAGUUGAAGGGGUUAAUGGGAUUACCAGGAUCGCUAGGUUCAGAUCUUUUAAAAACGGAUUUAUCCAUACCGCAGCACGAGAUGAGCAAGGAAGAGCUACAAAAGGAAUUAAAGAGGAAAAGUGAGGAACUCGUGGCCCACCAUCAGAAAUUAACUGCAUGGGAAGAAGGUCUGAAACAAGCACGUCAGGCUUGCGAAGCAUGGAAAAAGGAUGCUGAGUAUUACCGUCGUCUUGCGGAACAAGCAGAAGUUGACAAGUCAAAAGCGAUAUAUGAACGGGACCAGGCAUUAUUACAACUUGAUUUGCUCAAGCGUGAAUUUCGAGUAAAUACAGCAAUUCGACCGCCGUCACCGAUAGAUUCUUUACAAAAUUUCUCAUCUCUAGGAUCAUUCAAUUUGUUUGUGCCGGUUGAAACCGAUGUUCAGAAUGAAAGUGGUGGUCCGGUAUGUGCACGUUGUGGGCGCGAAAAAAGGGCCGAUUCUAGGAAUCCUUCUUGUCGCCUUUGCUGUAGUUGA